CCCUUCCAUAAACCCUUGCUCUGAUUCAACGGAGACAAAGCCACCAUCUCCGGCUGAACCGACCGAGUUUCACCGCGUACGGCUCGAACUCACGAUGCGCGGUCUUCAACGAUUGCUACUUACUCGCCUCUUUGCAAACCCUGCCGGUAAGCAUCUUUCAGCGCCACUGAAGAGCCUCGGCCUUUUCUCGUCGGACCGGCCAUUUUCAUCCGGACCCGAUAAAGGACCGGAAUGGAGUACCAGCUCUGGAGAUUCGAAGUCCCCUGAUGGCCUGGGUUGGGACGUCGGGUCAUCCUGGUCCGUCGGCUUAACGAAGGAGCAUUUUGAUGGGGAGGUUGUGGGGAAACAAGUACACUCCGACUCUAGGCGUUCGGAUUCCGGGUUCGGGUCGACCCGGAUGACGGAUGAGGAAAUGGACACGCUGAGGCAGCUGGAGGAGGAGACACGCAAGUCGAAGGCGUUCGUGAGUGGAUGGAAUUCGAGGAUGGAAGACAUUGGCGUGAUGAUGAAGCAGGUUAUGGAGCCAGGGGCAAGGGGUUCGUAUUUGAAGGAUUCAGAAAAAGCAGAAAUGUACAAGAAACACAAGGAGAAACCUGAGGAAUACACAAUUGAGAGGCUGGCGAAGGAGUACAGGAUCAUGAGGCAGAGGGUGCAUGCGAUUCUGUGGCUGAAGGAGCUUGAGGAGGAGGAGGAGAAGAAGUUAGGACAGCCACUCGACAACAGCAUUGAGGUCUUGAUUGAUAACAACCCGGAAUUCUUCAAUUCCCAUGACAGAGAAUUUCACAUUGCAUCCCUUCCUUACAAGCCGGACUUCAAGGUUAUGCCCGAGGGUUGGGAUGGCACCACAAGGGACCCCGAUGAGGUGCACUAUGAAAUAUCAAUGAAAGAAGAUGAGAUGUUGUAUCAGGAAUUUGUCCAAAAGUUCAACUUCAACAAAAUGAAGAUGGAAAAGAAAGUUAAGUGCCACAAGUACAGCCGGAUGCGCCCAACGCAAGGAUGGAACUUCACAGUCGAGAAGUUAGGACAUCGUGGGAAGCGCGGGAAUGGCGGUGGGUGGAAGUUCGUGAGUGUUGCAGACGGAUCUAGUCGUCCUCUUAAUGAUUUUGAGAAGAUGUUCGUGAAGAGGGAAACCCCUCGACGACGCAGAAAGAUCCUCCCAUGAUUCAACUCACUGCUGCGACCUGGGGCUGAAAUAUUUGAAAGGCUUACAUUUCUCUUUACAAUGCUGCAGGCUUAAGUUCCUGGAUCUUUAAGGAUUCGGACUACAUUGUUUGAACAUAGUAAUAUUUGUAAUGUUUUGCAGGAAUUUAAAUAUCUUUUCUCUUUACCCACCCUUACAUUGACUCUUUUGGUUGAUUAGAGAUAGUGAGAUUACAUGUACGGAUGUACUUUUUCAUCAUUAGCUAAUGAAAAUAAUUGACACUCUUUAUAUUUCUCAAA